AUGUCAACCUCAAUCAUGAGUUUUUACAUAUACGAAUCAGACAUUAUUGUGUGUUGUAAUGAACAAAUUGUAAUAUAUAAUAUUGAAAAUGGUAUUGAAACAAUGAUUUCUUUACCUAAAUUGCAAACUGACAAGAAGAUUAAUAUGCAUAAUAAUAUAAACAUCGAAACUUUUCACAUAAUUACAAAUGUAAUGUUUUCAAGUGAUGGAAAAUAUUUCUUUGUCUAUACAAAUCAUAAGCAACUUUGUCUAUACGAGAGAGAAAGUCAGAAUCUUUUAUUAAAUAAAAUACUUCCCAAAGCUGCAAGCAAAGUGCAAUUUACUCCAGAUAAUGACAUAGUUGUUGCUGAUAAAACAGGGGAUGUUCAUCUCUUUUCUAAUAAACAACAUGACAGUGGAAUAUUACUUUUAGGACAUUUAUCAAUGUUACUUGAUGUAUUAAUUACAGAAGAUGGGAAAUAUAUUAUCACAACGGAUAGAGAUGAAAAAAUUAGAGUUUCAAUGUUUCCAAAUUCAUAUAAUAUUGUUUCCUAUUGUUUAGGACAUACAAAAUUUGUAACAAAUAUUCUGGAAUUACCUCACGAUAAAAGUGUCUUAAUGUCUUGUGGAGGAGAUGGAACAUUUAUAUUAUGGGACUACAAAAUUGGAAAGGAAUUAUUAUGUGUUAAUUUUCAUAAUAAAAUAUCUAAAAAUGAUAUUAAAAUGUUCAAUGAGCUACUUCAUAAUUAUAACUUAGAAGAAUCUGUUGAAGUUUUACCUGUUAAACAUUUAAGGCUCAUGGUACUUAGUACAACUUCAUCUUUAGCUAUAAUGAGCUUCUAUAAUAAUUCAUUAUUACUAGCGUACAUAAUUAAUAGUACAUCAAAAUCAAACAUUGAAGUAAUAUAUGUACAAUCCAUAAUCACAGAUAGUGAGCCAAUAGAAUGCUAUCUUUACAAAGACAAUUUAUGGAUAUUAAAUGACCAUGGAUUUAAAAUAUAUGAAUUUAAAGAUAAUAAUUUUGUACUUAGUAAUGGCAAAAAUUAUAAAAUAAACCAAUUAAACAGUUAUUGGAAAACAUUAAAAAAAGGUACUACUCGACAAGAUUUAUUCUUCAUCUUGUAUAAAAGAAAAUAUGACAAUGUUCAAGAAUAUUUACAACGAAAAAAAACACGUCUUACAAAUACGAUUGAUAUGUAA